AUGAUUGUAGCCGCCAGAAAGGGCCACAAACGCGCCAACAUGGUUUCGUAGCUGACAUGGGGCUGGAAGGAAAUGCAAAAGGAGAAAAAGCAGGCUCAGGAUUGCAGUGGUGAUAAUGAGGAUAGAAAACAAAAAGAGAAAGAAGAACGGCCUUGUCAAAAAAAAAAAAAAAACAGCGCUUUGGUCAACUUAAAAAGCCUCUGGCAAAACUGGGCAUUGGAGCAUACCAUCAAUCAGAAGCUCAACCCCUUCAGCGAGGACUUUGAUUAUGAGUACUCCAUGUCAACAUUUCUGGGGAAGGGUGAAGAAGGAACCAGUCGGCCCAAAGAGGGCUGCAAGACAGCAGAGAGGGCCAAACAUGCAGAAGCACACAUCCACCGGGAGAUAGAUGACAUGUGCUUUUUCAUAAGGACCAUGGCGGACCUGGGUUCAGAUGGUUACACUAGACUGACUUUUGCCGAUAUGUUUGACAGAUAUGUGCGGAUCUCUAAAAAAGUCGUUGGCAUGAUAAUAAGCGCCAGGAAGCAUGGAAAGGUAGCUUUUGAGGGGGAGAUGCUGUGGCAAGGCAAGGAUGAUGGAGUCAUAAUUACACUGUUAAAAUGA